UGGGCGUCAGGUCGGGGAGCCGGUCGGGUUCCCGCUCGCCGCCGCCGCCGCCGCCCCCCGCAGCGACUCUCCCGCCUCUCCCGCCGCGCCGGCCGCGGCAGCUGCAUCGCCAACUCCGCUCGGCCGCGGCGCCGCCGGCCCGGGGACGGAGAGCCGGGACGCGACACGCCGAGCCCCCCAUCACCUCCAGCCGGGGCGACCCCUCCCGGGUCCGCCCUCGCCCCUGCGCGGCCGCCGGCGCCCGCAGCCCCGAGCGGCCCCGCGGCCGCGGCCCGCCGCCUGCACUCCCGCGGCCGCCGCCCCCCGCCCGAACAUGGACUCCGACUCCUGCGCCGCCGCCUUCCACCCCGAGGAGUACUCCCCAGGGUACAAGAGGCGCAGGACCGUGGAGGAUUUCAACAAGUUCUGCACUUUCGUCUUGGCCUACGCCGGCUACAUCCCCUAUCCGAAGGAGGAGCUGCCUCUGCGGAGCAGCCCCAGCCCCGCCACCAGCACCGCGGGCACCGUCGACAGCGACAGCUGGGACCCGGGCUUCCCCGACAUCCCCGCCGCCGUGUCCCUGCCCGUCUCGGACCGCUGCUUUGGGCACCUGCCUCGCGCCAAGCCCGGCGACUUCUUGCUGGACAGAAAGAAGCCGGACAAGCUGAAGAAGAAGAAGAGGAAGCGCCGCGCGGGCGACGUGGCCGUGCAGGAGGGGUACAUGGAGGGCCUGCUGAACCUGGAGGCCGCCGACCCCUACGUGGAGCCCCCCCGGACCCCCCAGGACAGCCCCCCAGCCCCCGGCGACCCCUGCUCGGGCUGGGACUCGGACACGCCCUCCAGCGGCUCCGGUGUCGCCGUGUCCCCUGACCAGGCCAAAGAGAUCAAGACGGAAGGCAAGCGGACGAUCGUCCGGCAGGGCAAGCAGGUGGUGUUCCGGGACGAAGACAGCACCGGCAACGACGAGGACAUCAUGGUGGACUCAGACGACGACUCCUGGGACCUGGUCACCUGCUUCUGCAUGAAGCCUUUCGCCGGCCGGCCCAUGAUCGAGUGCAACGAGUGCCACACCUGGAUCCACCUGUCCUGCGCCAAGAUCCGCAAGUCCAACGUGCCCGAAGUGUUUGUGUGCCAGAAGUGCCGGGACUCCAAGUUCGACAUCCGCCGCUCCAGCCGCUCCCGCAUGGGCUCCCGGAAGCUCUUCCUGGACUGACGCGGCGGCGGGGAGCUCGGGGGGGCCCCCGCGCCGGCCGGACUCAGCCAGGCCGCGGGCCCACCCUGCCUUCAGGUGCCUACGCGACGGGCCGUCCGCGCCACCGACUGAAUAAACCUUCCUCGGCCGGGGCCGCUCCGGGCAGCGGCCACUCGCUUUCCGUGCGGCGAGGGCCGGCGGCGGUCCGCAUUCUGGCUCGUGGUGAGAUUCCUGCCGGGGGGAACCAGUGCUCGUCGUCACUCCUGCUUCUGCCGUGUCGUUGGGGACGGCCCUGUCCCGUGUCCCUGGCCCGUCCACGAACAGCCAUACCUGUGAGCUUUUUCUCGAGUGUCAGUCUUUGCCAUAAGUGUCUGUGCCGCGGCCGCAGGGCUGCCCUGAGCACCUCCCCCCUCCCCGGCCUGCCCCCCACCCGGGGACGCGCCCAGAUGCCCCGGCUUCCCCCUCGGUGAGAGUGACGGGACCGGCUGGCCGCUGCUCUGGGAGAAGGGGGUUGUUGGGGAGGGAGGGCGGAGGGGCCCCGUGUUGUUCAUAACUCAGUUUCCUGUUUUGCACGAUGUAUAAAACCUGUCUUUUUUGCACGAUACAGCCAAAAGUAUUGGCAGAUUUCUGCCCGGUGCCCCUUCUCCCCGGUGGCCGAGGAGGGCGGGCGGGGCCCGGCAGGCGGUUUGCAAGCGAGAGGAGCACUUUAGCGCCCCUUGGCCUCCCCCCUUCCGCCCAGGAGGUCAGGCCUCUGCUGGGGGGGGGGGUCUGCUCCCUUCAGCCAGACACCCGCGGCACAAGCUGAGCCCUGGUUGGAGCCGGUGAGUUUGGGGGCGCCUUGGCCUUGGUGGGGGCCGCUGGGCUGGGUCGUACUUUUCCUAACCCAGACAGGUCUCGGGGGCUGCUUGUGAAGCCCCCGCCCUCCUCUCCCCUGCAGGGUGCCCCAGGACACAGGUGGUUCUGGGGCCUGGAGGGUGUUGGGGUUCCUGGUUCCUCAAGCCGCGCUCUCCAGUGGCGAGAAUCCUGUUCUCAGAAGUAUUUUUAUUGUAGAAUCAGUAGGUGUGUUUUUCUCGACACUGUUCUUUGUAUCGCGUGGGAAGGGAAGAAAGCCCAAGGGACCCCCCCAGGCCUCCCCCGCGGGGGUGGGGGCUUCUCCCUGAGGCACCGGUGCUGGGCGCCCCCUCACCAGCGCACUGGAAAUGGACCUGCCUUCUGGCCCGGGACAGCCCAGUCCGGGCCUCUGUCAUCCUGGCGUGGCCGGCCAGCUGCCCUUCUUCGAUUCUGGUUUUAAUUCCGGUCAUAUUAACACGAAAAUCGUCCCUGAGGCCUCUUGCAUUGUGGGACCCCCUUGAGCGAGCUCGGGGGAGGCUGGGAGCGACAGCCCCUGGGAGAAGUUGGAGAGGAGUUUGCCAAAGAUUUGCCCGUGCCGCUGCUCGCGCUGAGAGUAGCCCGGCUUCCCCGUGGUUUUCUUUCUUUUUCUCCUGUGAAGCCUUGGUCAGCUGUCCCCGGUGUGUUUCAAGAAGCCGCGUGAUGUCGUGGGGGCGCCCCCUGUAUGCUGUGGAGGGCUUCACUGCCUGCUGGCGCCUCGGGAAGGUGGCCAGGUGCCUUUCCCUUCCCGAUCCUUGGGUUCUGGCACACGUGCCCCCGGGGGUGGUGGCUGGGCAGUGGGGGCACCUCAGGGUCGUGUUGGGUGAGGUGGGCAGCGGCACUUAGCUGCUUUAUGCAAAUCGCGAUGGUUCCGCCAGGGCUCCUGCUGGGUGGCUGAUGGAGCCAGGGGACGAACGAGGUGGGGGGAGGUGGUCCAUCACCCGAGGAGGUCCCUGGCUUUGGCUAGGCCAGACACUUAACAUCGUUUACAUGGGUCCGUGUAAUUAUAAGGUUUAUGUGUAUAAAGCGCAGCUGUUUCUGUGAAACUGUAUAUUUUGUAAAUAAACAUAUUGCUACUUUGAGAUUG